GGCGGAGCACUCGCUCGGCGAGAAGAUCUCCGGUGGGAGAUCCGGCUAGUUCUUGCCCUUGGAUGCUUCGCGGCCGCAAUGAAUUAGCUGCGGAACUCCGGAACCGCGAUAGACGAGGUGCAGAGCGUUUAGAGCGUUUCUGGCAUUCUCCGCAUUCAUGCGAAAGCCCGCGCUUCCUCCCCUUCUGUCGAUUAGAGCUGUGGAAAGGCUCGACUUGCUUGAGUGUUGUUAUUCCGCGGGUCAUCAUCAUCGCCAUCUUUGGUGGAUUGUUCGUCGGUGGCGGCGAAGCUGCUGCUGCUGAGACAUAGCUUUCGCAAACGCGUUAAAAAUCGUCGCCAGCAAAGAAAGGCUUCACAGAGUUCACAAGAAGAGCUCGCGGAGCUGCUCAUUCGACAGGCUAUCGAGCAACUCUUCGACUGGUGUAGGUGUUCGAAAAAGCUGCUCGUUGGCCGGAGUACGCUUCUCCCUACGGCCCUUCUCUCCAGCAAGAGUCGUAUCCUGAGACCUUCCAAGUCAUCUUCCGAUUAUUCCGGGUGUGAAACAUGGCUCGAGGCAAUCAGAGGGAUCUUGCCCGCGAGAAAAACCUCAAGAAACAGCAGGAACAAGCGAAGAAAAAAGGGGCUGCGGCCAAGGGCCCAAAUAAAGGCAUGACGCUCGAAGAACGACGGCAACGUGAUGCCGAGCAGAUGCGCCUCAAACAACAGAAAGCUCAGGAGAAGAAGGUACCGGAGGUUCAGGCGUAA